AUGCCAAAUUCUGUACAAAUACAUGAUUACUUUGAUAACGAUGAAAAUGGAUUAUGGUCAUGGUAUUUAACAAAUUUAAGAUCAGGUAAUUUCGAAGAAUUAAUCAACAAUAAACUAAAGGACAGUUUAUUGAAAAGAUUUCUAAGAAAUCAAGUUGAUAUUAAUGAUCAAAUUAAGAAAAUCCUACUAAUUUCAAUUCCUGAUCAUAUUUUUAGUGAUAUCAACGUUCUUGAAAUUUUCUUAAGUGAUUAUUUCCAUUUAAAUGAUCUUUCGAAUAUCAAGAUAAUUAAAUUGACAAAAUUCAACGUUUAUAAUCAUGAAAAUCAUUACCUUUUAAUCGAUUCAGUCAAUAAUUUUAAAGAUGAAACUUUUUUAAAUUAUGUUAACCCACAACCAAGCACAAAUGCAAGUAAUAAAUUCAUUCCAAGCAUACGCACCGGUACAAGUGCAUCAAUACCCGAAAAUGAUAUUCCAUUGGCUCCAAUACGGAAUAUAGAUUCGUCAAUAAGCAUAGAAUGUGAACAUGAAGAGUAUGAUAGCUCAUACUCUUGUUCUUCAUCAUCAGAUAUUUUUUCAGUGCAUAACAACAACAACAACAAUAAUAAUAAUGAUGGUAACGAUAAUAAUGAUAUCUUAUAUGAAGGGACUGAGUUUCAUGAAAAUGAUAAUGCAGAUUAUGAGACAUAUUCUGAAGAUUAUUUUGAUGAUGACUCCGAAUUUCAAAAUUAUUCCAUAUCUGAAUCAAAUUGUUCCAUUUUACCUUGCGUUUCCAUUAAUAACGAAGCAAUAGGACAUUAUAGAUUAGUGUUACAAUCCAUGUUGAUCUGCAAUAAAGAAAAUUUGGACUUACAAACCGGCGUGAGACAGUCAAACAAUUUAAUUAAUUAUGCAAAUAUCAAUGAUGAUUGGAUGCUUUAUGAUGAAAAAUUCUCAAUGAGAAAUUUGAAUAUUCUAAGUUUAAAAGAUUUAAGUAUAAUUGGUAACGUUGAUUCAAUUAAAAUCUUAUUCUAUUCAAUGAUUGAUGUCAAUAAUCAACGAUCAACAACACAACAUUUACAAUUAACUUUCCAAGACGAUUUAAAGAUUGCAAAGACCACAUCAAAUGGCCAUAGGUCUAUACGGACUAUUAUAACAGAUGGUGAGACCAUAUAUAAGAGAAAAAAUAAAAAUAAAUUGAAAUUGAAUAGAUUCGAAUCGAUGAGUUCGACUUCAUUGGAAAGGUGGAAAAGUUUACCUUUGAAAUUAGUAGAAACUGAUGUUAAGAAAUGGAAACGUAAGAUUAGUCUGUUUAAGAAACGUAAAUCAAAUAGUCAUCAUCAUAAUCAUAAUCAGCAUCAAGACAGUGAUUCAUUUUGUAACAUUAUGUAG